AUUUUCAUUUGAAAAUAAAAUCUAAGAUAAACGAAUGCCAUGGCGGAAGAAGAUUCAGUGACAGUGACAGUGACAGAGGGAGCUCCAAAAUCUACCGAAAGCGUUGGAGCAACUCGAGCCUCAGUUGAAGCUACCAUACAAUCUUUGUUCGAGGGAGGCAUAGACUCAAUUAGCAACGAGGACGGUGAAACUUCUGGUGUGCCUGAUGAUGGAGAUGAAAAAGAGAGGCUUGAGUUCUCCGACGAGUUGAUAGGGAGGGGAACCAAAGCUUUGGAAGAUAAAGACUUCGGCGAAGCUGCUGAGUGUUUCAGCCGUGCUUUAGAGAUCAGGGUUGCUCUUUAUGGUGAACUUGCACCAGAGUGUCUGAAGGCUUACUAUCAAUAUGGACGGGCAUUGCUGUACAGAGCCCAAGAGGAGGCAGAUCCAUUGGUUUCAGUGCCUAAAAAGGACGAUGAAUCUGAACUAGGUUCUCAUAAAGACAAAUCUGUUAAGAAUGUUGUUAAUGGAGAAUCUUCCACAGCUUCCGCUUCAACUAAUACUCAGCUGGAUGAGAGUUCAAACAAACUGGAAGAAACAGAGAAUGAAGCCCUUUUUACCAUUACAGUUUCUGGUGGAAAAGGCAAGGAAGAAGAUGAAGAGUGUAGUGAUCAAGAGGACAUGGCUGAAGCAGAUGAAGAUGAAUCUGACCUGGAUUUGGCAUGGAAAACGCUAGAUGUUGCAAGGGCAAUUGCUGAAAAACACCUUGGUGACACUUUGGAGAAAGUUGACAUAUUAUCAACACUGGCUGAAGUGUCAUUGGAAAGAGAGGACUUUGAAACCUCUCUUAGUGACUAUCAGAAUGCGUUAUCCCUUUUAGUUCAGCUGGUUGAGCCUGACAGUCGACGCAUUGCCGAACUAAAUUUCCGCAUAUGUUUAUGUCUGGAGAUUGGCUCCAAGCCUCAGGAAGCAAUUCCAUAUUGUGAGGAGGCUAUAUCAGUUUGCAAGUCAAGAGUGGUUCGGCUCGAGAAUGAAUGUAGGACUCUGUCACAGGCAGCCUCUUUGACAGAUUCUUCUGAGCAGUCCUCCAAUGAGCCCGUAAAAGAUAAAAUUCUGGCAGAUAUGAAAGCAGAGAUUGAGACACUUAUGGGACUCUUAGGGGACCUAGAAAAGAAGCGUGAAGAUUUGCAACAGCAGGUCAUGAACCCCAAGUUAAUUCUCGCAGAAUUGCUGGCGAUGACAUCUGCCAAGGGAAAAGACAAUGAGAAAGGUUCGUUGCAGAUGGGUAGUGGUAACGGCAGUGGUAAAUUUGAUUCUCCAACUGCUUCAUCCAGUGGCCAGUCAAAUGGGGCAGUUGGUGGUGGAGUGACGCAUCUUGGGAUUGUAGGAAGAGGAGUGAAGCGAGUGUCGAUGAGCAGUGGAUCAGGAGAAUCAAGUGCCAUGAAGAAACCGACAGUUGAGCAUGCGUCUAACAGAGAAGAGGGUGAUAAAAAUUGAUGGUAGUGUAGUUAAUUGGACCAUGGAAGUACAUGAAUUCAAACUAGGGUGGUUCAAAUUGGAGCUAAUAAUUGAUGCGAUGGAUCCUUGGUCGUUGGGAAACACAACUAUGCUAUCAUAUUUCUGUUGUAGUGGCAGUGGUGGUAUUGUGCUAAUAUUGUGUCGUAAAAUUAUGUUGCUGAUGCGAUGCAGUUUUGUUUAUAUUUGUGGUGUCCCUCAGCUGAGAGAGAUUAUUAUUUGUAGGAUAUUACGUUUAUGCCAACUCAUUUUACGGGACAGACGAACUUUCCUCCUGUCCUUGAAUGUCAUUAAAAUUCUAUACUAUGUAAGAUAGUGGCAAUAUAUUAUUGCUUUCGCAUGCUGAUGUAAUACUAUUCCCAGCCAAUCAAAUUUCAUGGGAUGAUCUCCAUUACGGUUGGAUUUAA